CUGGAACUGGAAAACAUCUACCUAACAAGGAUCUGCGUUCAACUUUUCUACUCUACAUUCUACGCCAAAGUAGUCACAGAGAGACCAGAGAACGAAAAGAUUAUGUCUCGCCUUCUGUGCCUCCUCAUUCUUCUUUCUCUGUUUCCAGUUGUGGUACCUCUGUUUUGCUACACAUGUGUGUUUCCUGCUAUUUCCCCGCUCAACUGCAUCCGGUACCCUCAGAAGUGUCCUCCAGGCCACCAGUGUCUCUCAAGCAGAGCAGUAGGACAACGAGGAGACAUCAAGGUUGUACUGUAUGAGAAGAGCUGCAUCCUCUCAUCCUUAUGUGGUCUUACGGGAGAGAAAUAUGCUAUGGGUCUGAACUUCACCUUCACAAAUGAAUGCUGUGAUACUCACCUGUGCAAUGCAGCCCCACCCACCAGCAGAGGGCCCCUCUGGGCAGGCACAGGGCUUUCUCUUCUCAUCUUCUUACUUCAGUGAUCUCUGUUAACCUCAAGGUUAAGUCACUAUUACAAAUAUGAUGAUGCUAAAGCUAUAUGGUCUACUUGUAUUUCUUCAGCUUCAAUGAAAUUCAGUGUUGAUUUGUAGGGGUGUUCAGGC